AUGCCAACGCUGUUUCUGUUUGGAGCGUUUGUGCUUCAACUUUGCUCCUCUUCUGGUGGCCAGCGUUCCCACGCAACUCAUUGGUGCGAUCAAUGCCGAGUUACCAACCAAGGAGGUUUUGCUACGGUUAAGUACCAUGCUACGAGGUCAACACCUCAUGCCCAUAUCCAGCUGCUUAGGAGAACUGUUGUUGUGGACCCUGUCCAGGUGCCCCAGUGGUACUUUGACUUGGUCCUAGAGUCAAGAAGGUCUGGUGUUCCCUUGUCUGGUGUAUGCUCCCUUGCAGACUUGCAGUCUGGUAGGGUGGUAAGACCUACGGUUAUGCCCCUAGGUCACACCAUUGGUGGCUUAUCUGCUGGUGGUUCUUCUGGUGGCUCGUCUGGUGGCGGCUCGGUUGCUGGUGGUGGCUCGGUUGUUGCUCUUGGUGGUUUGCGUCGUUCUGCCCGAGUCUGGGACCAAGGUGGGCAACGACGUCCUUUGUUGGAUAGUGAGUCUGCAGCCAGUGCUGAUCGUUAUGAGUUGGAGUUUGAUGAAUCAGACUACCAACUCGCCAUUGACGAGCUGCCUGGUGUGGCAACCAUCUGUUCUCCUGGCCUUGAGGAGCGUAAUGCUUCUCGAGGUGAGACACCUCCAUCACUACUUGUUGCUGUUACUUCCUUGGAGGCACCUGUCAUCAAUACUGAUACGUCCUCUUCUUCUGGUCCUUCCGUUGGUGGUCUUGUUGGUUCUGGUUCUGGUUCUGGUCCCCACCCCCUCCAAAACAACCCUGAGGGUUCUGUGGUGGUGGAGACCCCUCCUCAUAAUGAGGGGGGUGGCCUCCGAGUUCGUGGUGGCCUGGUGUCUCUGGUCUUGCCUGCCUUGCCUGAUGGGCGGUCUCCGGUCUUGCGCGAGGAGGCCAAUGGUGCUUUGGUAGUAAAUUUUCUUUGA